AUGGAUGUGAGAUAUGAGGGCAAGGAUCUCUGGAAACGCGUCACAAACUAUUUCAGCAAGGAUUACCAAAACGGUGAUAAAACGGACACACUCAUAAAUGGCGAUACGCGCAACAACAAUGACGAAAAUAAAAGGGUAAAGACAAGGACGCUAAAUUUUAUGGCCUCGUCCGCCCUAGUUUUGUGUGUGCUGCACCCCUUGGACACCAUAAGAACGAGGAAGCAGAUAUACAAAGUGUACAAGAACUCGUACCCCUAUUACUAUAACAACAAAUACAACCUGUUCUAUAUUUUGAAAAAAGAAAAAAUAGAAAGCAUUUAUCGUGGCUUACUGGCUACGUUGCUAACCUCGGGACUGUCCCAUGGCAUAUUCCGCUUCAUAUAUGACACACUGAAUUAUUACGCAUUUCGGCAAUUCAACGAUGAUAAUGGAGUGAAUAAUAAAAAAUAUGAUACCACGGUAGGUAGACGCAAGGCGGAGUACCCAGCGGGAGAGGCAAACCAGGUGUGCAACUCGGCGUUGAGAGAUUCCGCUGAAGGAGGAAACGUAAUAGAAAAUUCAAGGGGCAGUAGAGAAAUACCAUGGGAGAGCCCCAAAUUUGUAAAAAGUGCUAUAGAAAGAAGACAGGAAGACUUCAUGAUCUCCAAUGUGUCUUAUAAAAAACAUGUUAACGAGAAAGACAACGCUUCAGGUAGUGACAACACAAACGCGCCAAUUAGUGGUCACAAAAAUAUGAAGUAUUACAUCAUCACCAGCAGCGUGAGCUCCAUCAUUAGUGUUUGUAUUCAACACCCAAUAUGGCUGAUUAAAACGAAAAUAGAGUGCACCAUAAAUUUAAACUACAAAUUUUUAAACUACAAAAGCAGAAUAACGAGCAAACAUUACAACAUCUUUGUGGAAAGGAAUAAAAUGUUUACGAGUAAAAUUGUCCCCAAAGUGGCGAAGGUUUUCCUUUUCUGUGGUUAUCAUUUGGGAAGGAAAAAUAGGACAGGCAAAAAAAUCAAAUCCUUGCUGAAUGAUGAUCUGCUCAAGUAUUAUAGGAACAAUUUUGUGUACAAUAAAAAUGUGAAGACAAGAAAAAAGUUCAACCAUCUCACAUAUGUAAAUGAUAAGACAGCAUUUUUACACAAAAGUGUAAAGAGAAAAAUUGAACACAACUAUUUGUUGUACAAAUAUUACACCUUGUCAAAUAUGGAGAGAAAACAAAUGACGAAAAUGCUAAUUUCAAAUCAUCGCAAAAAAUUUUCGCGCAGAUAUUUGAAAUAUUUGAAAGCAUACUUCACUAAUAAUCAAAUACUGCGCAUUUUCAAAAGGGAACAAAGUAAAAAUGGCAUCAGUACAAUUUAUAAUUACAAGAACUAUUUCCAAUUUGUGUAUAAUGUAUAUAAGAGAGAAAAAUUAUUUUCAUUUUAUAAAGGGUUUUUAACAUCUAUAUUGCUGACCCCUCAUGUAGCCAUUCAGUUUUAUGUGUAUGAAUAUUUAACGUAUCAUUUUAGUUGUGAAUAUUUCAGAAAUGAGUUUGUGGGAGAAGACUCCUAUAUUUCAUCAAACACCCUAGCCAAAACGUUACCAUUUUUGUAUGGCGUUUUAUCAAAAUUCAUUGCUGUCAUGUUUACCUAUCCAUUAUAUACUAUAAAAGUGAGGCAACAAGUGCAGAUGAAAAACUAUGGCUUCCUAAAUGUAGUAGUUAAUAUUUUCAGGCUAGAGGGAAUCAAAUCCUUUUAUACUGGCCUUAAUAUGCAUUUACUACGUAACUGUUUGCAAAAUGGAAUGCUCUUUUUUAUAUUUGAAUAUUUGAAUGCUGGCUCCGCGGGGGUGAAGUGA